UUUCGCUCAUUCACAGAAAGCACGCGUCCAUCUGGUCUUCCGCCACACUAUCAAGGAGAUCGAACUGGGCACCAUGAGACAUGGAAAGUUCGCUCGCGUCUCAAUGCUGACGGACGAAGUCUUCCAUCUUGUUCACCCAAACUCGCAGACUUUGAGUACACGAAAUUGACAUGGGCUUGCGAUGCGUGAGAAUUGCGCGUUCGACAUGUACCCAAUCGCCGCCUCUACGAUCUGCUCGAUCACGCCCAUCUCCUCUUCGUUCCUCGGCGCAUACACGAAGGUCCACUCGUUCGGCGGACCGGGCACGCCGGGUCCCGCGAGGGGAUGGCGCUGCCCCCAUCCCUUGCCGACCACCUCCCUCCCAUCCGCCGCCGCGAGCGCGAGGUGCAGCGUGAAGUCGUGGUAGUCGUGCAUGUGCGCGAUCUCGCCCUUGGUCCGCCGCACCGUCUCGCUCGCGGGGAGGCCCUCGGGCAGCGGCACGUCCGCGUUCAGGAAGAUCGCGGCCGCGUGGAACUCGAACGUUGAGCGCGCGAUGUGCGUGUUGGCUGCGUGCCGCGCCUGGACGCGCGGGAUGACGGUGUCUUUGAGGCACGCGGCGCCGAAUGCGGGGUCCGUGUGCUGGCUGAGCUGCCGCUGGAUGAUGUGGCUGGUGGUUUUGGGGCGGGGGCCCUCGCGCUGAGGGAGAUCCGCGAGCCAGCGACGUUUCUCGGGCAUGCGGUCGUAAAUCUCAACCCCGAGCUGCUCCUGGCGGAAGAGCGCGAGCACGAGCACGAUGAUGUAUCCGCGAACGUUCUGGGGCGCAUAGGACGGGCCGCCCUUCAGGAAUGUCUCGUAGUCUUUCUUGACGAAGGGGAACGCUGCUGCCGCUGCCACGAGGGCACCCAGCACGAGAGUCUGAAUCCAAUCCCUUAAAAGGUUGUAGGCCCGGGUGUAAUUCGGCCAACACAAUCAGAGCCGUAAAUUGGGAUCUGCGUCAAACCUUUUUGGGACUUCAGAUUCGAUCAUGUUCUCCAUUUCAGUUGUAGCAAGGGAGCAUUCUUUAGGGACCCGUCCUCUCUCGAUAUCCAUCAUUUCAGCAUGAACGCCCCCGAUAACGUUCUCGAAAUUGUUGUUGUCGGUGCUGGCCUGGUUGGUUUCGCGGCCGCAGCUGCUCUACGCCGACAAGGUCAUCGUGUGACUAUCUAUGAGACUUCCAGCUUCAAGAAUGAGUUAGGAGCUGGCCUGGCUAUUCCACCCAACACUGUCCGUGGUCUGAUUGGCUUGGGAUGUGUGAUUGAGAACCUGGACCCGGUGGAGAAUCUCUGUUUCACAGCCGUCGCUUUUGACGGAAGUGCUGGUAUGCGCAGCGACCAGACCAACUACGAAGCAAGCUACGGCCUUCCCUGGAUCAUGGUGCACCGCGUCGAUUUGCACAACGAGCUUCGUCGGGUUGCUCUCAGUGCGGAGGGGAACAUUGGUCCCCCAGCCGAGCUGCGCCUGGAUCACCGAGUCAGCUCGUGCGAUGUCGAGAAAUGCACCGUGACGCUGAGCAACGGGGAUAUUCACCACGCAGAUCUGAUCAUUGGAGCAGACGGGAUCCAUUCUACCAUCCGAUCUUUCGUCGUGGGCGAGGACAUCGUCAUCCCGCCCUCCAAGACGGCCGGUUUCCGCUGGCUCACAGAGAGCACUGCGUUAGAGCCCUAUCCGGAAUUGGACUGGAUUGUGAAGAUCCCACCACUCGGCGCCCGGCUGAUAUCUGCGCCAAUGAACCCUGCGCCACCGCACGUCGACCACCGGACGAUCAUCAUCUACGCCUGCCGUGGCGGUACACUGAUAAAUGUACUCGGAGUCCACGAGGAUCUCCGCGAUCAAGAUGCAGUGCCCUGGAAUGCACCCGUAACCCAAUCGGAGCUGCUCCAGUUCUUUGGCGACUACCAUCCGCGGUUCAAACGGUUGUUGGAGCUCGCGAAUGAUGUGCAUGUGUGGCAGAUGCGAGUAGUGCCCCGCUUGGAGACCUGGGUCAACCGCCGGGUGUGCAUCAUGGGCGAUGCUGCGCACGCAUCACUCCCCACGCUGGGCCAGGGUUUCGGGAUGGGGCUCCAGGACGCGGUCGCGCUUGGAGCACUCCUCCCGCUGGGGACGACUCCCGAUGAGAUCCCGGAUCGCCUCGCUCUCUGGCAGGGCCUCGUCAAGCCCCGGGCCGAGUUUGUCGCGACUGAAUCCUACGAGCAGCAGCACAUUCCCGCGAAACGGGGCCUGUAUCUUCGCUCGCAGGAGAUGCGCGACUGGGUCAUGGGAUACGAUGUCCAGGCUGAGGCACAGAAGGUCUUGGCGGGAGCUGUGGAUAGAUCCCAGGGAUAAACCCAUUCGACACGUAAUUCGAUAUGUGAAUUAGUAUGUCUCCAGAGAAUGUAUCAGGCC